AUUUAUGCCGAGGGAGCAAACGUCUAUAUAAGAUAUCAUCACUUCAAGACUGAGCUCUCUCUGUGAGAUUGAAAGAAAAGAUAUUUUCAUCCUUGUGAUCAGAGAUGAACUGUCUUCAGAAUCUUCCAGGAUCCUCUGUUUUGCCUCUACGUAGCUUCAGAUGCAAUCGCAGAAAGCCUUCGUUCUGUAUCACAUCUCUGGGAAUGACGAGUAGCACUGAUCCGCCCCGACGUAUGGCUGUCAAGGCAAUUUCUGGUUCCACGUCUAGUGCUGAGACGAGCGGUGCCAAGGCAGAAGAGGAAAAAUCUGAGAUGUAUAGUACUAACAUGACCGAAGCCAUGGGUGCUGUCUUGACCUAUAGGCAUGAGCUAGGUAUGAACUACAACUUCAUACGUCCAGAUCUGAUUGUCGGGUCUUGCCUACAGACUCCGAAAGAUGUUGACAAGCUUCGAAGCAUCGGAGUGAAGACUAUUUUUUGCUUGCAAAAAGAUUCAGAUUUGGAAUAUUUUAGUGUUGACAUUGGUGCCAUUCGAGAGUAUGCCAAAACAUUUGAUGACAUUGAACACUUGCGUGCUGAAAUAAGGGAUUUUGAUUCAUAUGAUCUACGUCUCCGGCUUCCUGCUGUCGUUAGCAAAUUAUAUAAGGCCAUAAACCGAAAUGGAGGUGUCACUUAUGUGCAUUGCACUGCUGGACUUGGAAGAGCUCCUGCUGCUGCGUUGGCUUACAUGUUCUGGGUACAGGGAUACAAGCUGACAGAUGCUGUCAAUCUACUGUUGAGCAAGCGAUCGUGCUGCCCAAAACUGGAUGCUAUUAAAAAUGCUACUGCUGACAUUCUUACAGGCAUGGCAAAAAGGCUUGUCACGUUAACUUGGGGAAAUCAUAAUUGCACUACAGUGGAAAUCUCUGGACUCGAUAUUGGAUGGGGUCAGAGGAUUCCUUUAGAGUUCAAUAAGGAACAGGGUUUGUGGAUUCUCAAGAGGGAAUUGCCGGAAGGACGAUAUGAAUAUAAGUACAUUAUUGAUGGUGCAUGGAUGCAUAACAAAUACGAGCUUUUCACCUCUCCCAACCAGGAUGGCCAUGUCAACAAUUAUGUUCAAGUUGUUGAGGAUGAUCCUGACAGUACUAGUGCUGCAAUCCGGAAGAAGUUGACUGGUGAAGAUCCUCGUCUUACAACCGAGGAACGACUUAAAAUAAGACAGUUUCUUGAAACGUGUCCCGGUGAUGAGUGAACUGCGAAAGGGCAAUACAAAUUGUCUUAGCAU